AUUGAAGAUGCAAAGAGCUCUCUCCUGAAGGAUGGCUUCUACUAUCUGGUAGACACAGAGAGGGCCAGGAGAGAACGUCGAUAUGGAGCAGGAUGACUUUGCUCUUUCAUCCGAAUACGGCCUGGAUUCCUGCAAGCGCAAGGUCCUUGAUGAUACGCGUGUUCGAUCUAUCCUCCGAUCUUUUUUUUGAAUGGUGCGGUCUAGGGCUCUAUCUACGAUACAGACGAGAUCCAGGCCACAUCUUUUGUUUUAGAAAGGGUGGUCCGAAGGCUGGUUUGCGCGUUCUCAUUGUUCAUGUAUGGGGCAAGGGCUCUCGAGCGACAUACUAUGGCGGUUCACAUCUACACUCGUUACCUACCGUUGGCGCAGCGAAUGGCUUGUUCGAAAUACCAUCUGCAGCUUUGAGAAGCGUGAGGUGUCAAGGCACAGACGUUGAAAUUACAAACGGUGGCUUAGUAAUUCUUGAUGCCCGACUCGCCUUCGAGAUCAAACAAGGAUCCGCAACCACGCUCGCAUUUACAAACAAGGACGAACUGGCGACGUGGGCUAAGAUGACCCUGCCACAGUCACGUGAGCUUGCACGAAAGGUCUCUGAAAUGGAGAGUACAGGCAUCAGUGUGAACUUUGCAUUCGAAGAAUAAGACUUGAAAACGACCUGACCGAAUUGCGUGGGAUUAUGGU